GUCGGUCGACGGAUGUUCACUUAGGGUGUGUUUGCUCGUGACUUUCUUUCAUUUAUUCGUACUCGCAGCUGUUUAAAUCGCGAUAUCGUUCGUUUGCCUUUGUAUCGGUCAGAACGGUCGCCUUUUCAGUGUUUUAGCGAAGUUCGUAGCAGUAAUACAACGAUAGCAAGACAAAGACUGGUUAUGCCGGUCGAAGAGUUUUUGUGACUCGUACCGUGAAGAUCUUCGUACGAGGAUUGCUAGUUUAAUACGAGACAGUGAUAAGAUGAAAGGCAAACCCCUUGGUUCCAAUCGAACAUAGCCCACAUGGAUGGAGCAAACCGGAAGGACUAAGAGUCCAUCCCGAAACACGUCGACCCCUUGGCCUCCGACUCGCUUCCUCAUCGAAUUGUGUUCGUCGCCUGAGGAUUGGAUUGAUUUUAUCGUAGCCAAACCGAAGAGAAAAUCACGGAUAAUCGGUGACGGGGACGAGGAUGGCCAGGAGCAGCGGCAUUACAAACGUAUACCGGCGAUGCACCGAUUGCACCGUCGUCGUUCAUCGCGAUGCCGCUGUCGCAGCUUGUAGUACGUCCGCUCACGAGUCACGAUCGAUCGGAAUCGGGUACGGUAGAAACGGCCACGACACUGCUACCUCUGACUACAUCGACUAUUCUGCUAAUUUCGAUCAGGGAGAGGGUACGGCCGAUUAGAGUCGCCCUUUUCGAUACAACUGUCCAGCAGCACGUGAUUCACAAAUCAGAAAGACAAGUACAUCUCGCAGAAUGGACAUGUGCGGGGUCUACUUGUCUCAGCUGCGAGCGAUGCUCGUGAGGAAUAUCCUGUUGAAGAAACGCGAGAAGCGGAAGACUACGGCGGAGAUUUUCCUCCCCCUUUGCACCCUAGGUGUAUUGAUAGUGGUAAAAGUUUUACCACCAAAUCCAAACUAUCCCGCAAUGACGACGCAGAGGCAGGAGGGUGGUAUAUUCGAGACGUUCAAUGGCUACAGGAACAACACAAUAGCCGUUGUUCCAAACUCAACAGAAACUUUGACUUUUUUAAAUUCGAUGAAUGCCCUGUGGGCAUCAAUGUGGGAUUAUCCUGGCAAACUUCCCUUAAAUUUCAUGGUGUUCGAUACAAAGGAUGAUCUGCAAGCAGCGUAUUGGAGAGACCCAUAUAGCGUACCUUUAGCAGUAAUCUUCGAGGAUUCUCAACCCAUAUCUCAGCGUCUCUCAUACGAGAUAAGAACUAAUCCAUCAUAUACGAAUCCACCUUCGCCAACUGAAUUGUAUUCCGCGCCAGUUACUUGCCGAAAGGAUACGAGCCAUUGGCUGGGAGGUGUAUUGUCGAUGGAGACUGGUGGAUCAUGUCCUGCGAAUAACUAUUUGCACUCAGGUUUCCUAGCAUUACAAAUGAUAAUGGAUAUCACAAAGAUAAGACUAGACACAGGGAAUACAGAUGUAACUGUACCGGAUGUUAAGCUAGAAAUGUUCCCUAAAGAAGCUUUCACCGCAAACUGGAUGCUGGCCUUGAGAGUUGUUAUACCUCUUUUUAUGGUCCUCUCUCUUUCACAAUUCGUCACUUAUCUUCUGAUCCUAAUAGUCGGCGAAAAGGAGAAAAAGAUCAAGGAAGGAAUGAAGAUAAUGGGCCUAAAGGAUUCGAUUUUCUGGUUAUCAUGGUUCAUUAUCUACAGCGUUUUUGUCUUAUUACUCUCUGCCGUCGCAGUAAUACUACUUUUUACACUACAAAUGUUUCAACACACACACUUUUUACCGAUAUUCCUUUUAGUAGUGCUCUACAGUUUUUCCAUAAUCAUGUUCGCUUUUAUGAUAACACCUUUCUUCGACACGUCACGAACUGCCGGUGUACUAGGCAAUUUUGCAGUCACGAUAAUGAGCUUAAUGUAUUUUAUCCAAGUCUUUGUGAAUGACUCUAGUUCAGUUCCGUUUUGGUUAGUCUCUCUUCUUAGUCCAACAGGCGUUGCUUUGGCUAUGGAUAAGGCUCUUGUAUUAGAUCUACAAGGAGAAGGAGUUAACUUUGACAAUCUUUGGUCAGGUCCUGGUAUACCAUUUGGAGGAAGUCUUAUUAUGAUGACUUUAGACAUAAUUCUCUAUGCUUGCUUAGCUUAUUAUUUUGACUGCGUCAUUCCAAGUGAAUACGGGACAAAGAGAACUCCUUGGUUUUGCUUCACGCCUGAGUUUUGGUGUCAAAGAAAAGCUCCACGGUCGUAUUUGCAGGUACCAUCAUCGAAUGGUGAAUCAAAUUCUUUUAUUCCUGGUGAAGAGACUAAUCGUGACGUUGAACCUGUGGUGCGCGAGAUGAAGGGUCGUGAAGCUAUUAGAAUAGUCGAUCUUUACAAGUCCUACCAAAAAUGUCGUAAGCCAGAAAUUAAAGCCGUAAAUGGCAUCAAUUUAACGAUUUACGAGGGACAAAUCACAGCGAUACUUGGACACAACGGAGCUGGAAAAACAAGUCUCUUCAAUAUUUUAACUGGCCUGACCGCACCUACUGCUGGCACUGCCUUGAUAUUUGGUUAUGACGUUCGAGAUUCCAAUGAUAUGCAGAUGAUUAGAAGCAUGACUGGCGUUUGUCCACAACAUGAUAUCCUUUUUGAUCUUCUCACACCUCGCGAACACCUAGAAUUUUUCGCUGCUGUACGUGGUAUCCCAAAAUCGAUGAUUGAACAUGAGGUGAAAAAAACUUUAAAAGACAUCGAUUUAACUGAAAAAGCAAAUACUUUUGCGAAAUACUUGAGUGGAGGACAAAAAAGGAAAUUGUCUGUAGGUAUCGCCAUUAUCGGUGAUCCGAAGAUUAUUAUCCUGGAUGAACCUACAGCUGGGGUUGAUCCCUACUCCAGAAGACAGAUGUGGUCUUUCUUACAAUCUAGACGUCAUGGAAAAGUGAUUCUAUUGACUACUCAUUUUAUGGAUGAGGCGGAUAUAUUAGCAGAUAGGAAAGCAGUUAUUAGUAAAGGAAAGCUGAGAUGCUGUGGCAGUUCUUUGUUCUUAAAAAAUAAAUUUGGUAUUGGAUAUCACUUAACGUUAGUACUUGAAGGAAAUGCAAGAGAACACGCCAUUACCAGAUUAGUAACGUGUCAUGUCUCAAAAGCGGAAAAAGCAAGACGUCAUGGGCGUGAACUGAGCUUUAUUUUACCUCAUAAUUCAGUAGAAAACUUCGCACCACUUUUCUCAGCUAUAGAACACGAAAUUAAAACCCGAUCGAGUAGAUUAGGUAUUAGCAGCUAUGGAGUAUCAAUGACUACUUUAGAAGAAGUAUUUCUGCAUUUAGAAAAGGAUGAAGGCCCUGAAUACACAAUGGAUAAUUUAUCAAAAAAGAUGGUGCGCAAUCGUGCAUUAAGCAGAUCUUUAUCGUUGCAAUCUAAGAGUACUUCUUAUCAGAGUUUGCAGAAUGAAGGUGUCACUGUUCAGAAUGAUGGUCAAGCAAAAGAGGCAGGAGAUUUGCCGGAUGGCGUCCAUAGUGAUAGAAAUCCUCCUGUUCUUGGCCUUGGACUAGACCCCAUAAAAGUUCGGCCUAAUUUCCUCCAAACCUUGUACGCUAUGCUUCGCCUAAGGAUACUUAGACUCAUCAGGAACAUUCAGUUAUUGUACUUCACUAUCUUCGCGCCUCUUCUUCUAGUAGUCGUUGGCCUCCAUUUAAAUAGCAUUGAAACAGUUGAAAUCAAAAUGCAAUCUCUUACAUUGAAUACUGAUACUUAUGGAAAUGAGACUAAACUUUUGUACGCGAAUAAUACCGACCAUGAUAUCACAAAUUUAAUCGAUGGAAUAAAUCAAGAUGUGAAGUACAUUGAAGAGUAUUACGGGAAUUUUGCAAAUUUGUUAAAAAUCGCACCGCAUAUGUCUGCUUUCAAUAUCAAUGAAUAUAGUCUGUCCAGGAUCAAUUUGACUGUCGCAUAUAAUGAUACCAUGCAACAUUCCCUACCAAUUUUAAUAAACUUGUUAUCAAACACUUAUUACAGAUUACUCUCAAAUGAAAACAAUUUAAAACCGAUUGAAGUUAAGACACAUCCUUUCCAACAAACUUCUCAGCCACAGGGAUUCAAUAUUGGCACAGCGAGUACCGCACUGUUUAUUGGAAUGAAUUUUGUAUUGUUGCCAAUAACUUUAGUUGUGGACGUGGUCUAUGAUCGUGAAAUAAAAGCGAAGAAUCAGCUUCGUGUGAAUGGUCUGUCAUUUUCGAUGUACUUUCUGACGUACUUUAUUGUACUUGUCGGCCUGAUGUUUUUCAUCUGUUUAUGUAUUCUUGGCAUCAUAUUUCUCUUUGACGUGCCUUCGCUUCAAGAAGUACCAGCGCUCAUCACCCUAGCCGGUCUUUUCAUGCUUUAUUGCCCAUCAUCCAUUCUAUUCUCUACGUGUUUGAGUUACAUUUUUGACAAGAUGGAUUCCGCUCAAAGCAUUUUGCCCAAUAUUGCAACUUUCAUUGGACUUAUACCGUUUAUACUAGUCACGAUUCUUGACAUGCUGGGUCUUAGUGGAACAGCAGCGUUUGUUUUACACGUAAUUUUUUCUCUACUGAACACAUUGUACGUACCAUAUGCUGCAGUGUAUUAUGUAGAAAGAGUACAUCUAAUGUGCUCUAUCAAUGCUGCUUGCCAUCAUCUGACUAUGUCUGAUUAUUUAACCACGGAGAUCAUUCUAAUGGCCUUUGGCGUGCUUCUGCAUUGUCCGGUGUGGUUCUUCGUGCUUUUACUGUUGGACAUUAAAAAGAGUGGUGGCAAUGUUAGUGAUGUAUUAAAGUAUUUCCUGCGUAAUGGCGGUUCAAUUGGUGAAGAAAUAAUGGAGAACUCUGAUAUUGGAGAACAUGAAGAUGCAGACGUUAAAGCAGAAAAACAAAAAGUUUUUAAUCUCAUUACUUCAUCUGCCGUUCAAGAACCACCUGUAGUUCUAGUACAGAACUUGAGAAAGGAGUACCGACAGCAGGAUACAGGUUCAUGUAGUUGCUGUUCAAAACAAGAUGAAGAAGCUAGCCAAAUACAACGAAAAGUUGCUGUAAGGAAUCUUUCGUUAGCGGUUGAGCCAGGAGAAGUGUUCGGUUUGCUGGGCCACAAUGGUGCUGGAAAAACGACGACAAUGAAGAUUAUCAUAGCUGAAGAAGCGGCCACUCGAGGCAGAGUACAGAUCGGUGGUCAUAAUAUUAAUUCAAGUAUGACAGAAGCUUUCAAACAAAUGGGAUACUGUCCCCAACAUGAUGCUCAAUGGAAGAAUAUUACCGUUAGGGAACAUUUAGAAUCUUACGCCGCGAUUCGUGGUGUACCAUGGAGUGAUAUUGGCAGAAUCGUAGAUUUAUACCUCACCGGUUUGCAAAUUCAUGAGCACGCCGAUAAACAAGCUCAUGAGUGUUCGGGUGGAACUAGAAGGAAACUUAGUUUUGCCAUGGCAAUGAUCGGAGGUCCAAAAGUUGUUCUAAUGGACGAACCUAGUGCAGGAAUGGAUCCUAGGUCAAAGAGGUUUUUAUGGGAUACAAUCCUUGCUAGUUUCCAGGGUGGUAGAGGAGCAAUUCUUACCACUCAUUCAAUGGAGGAAGCUGAUGCUCUUUGUUCUAGAGUGGGUAUAAUGGUAAAAGGAGAGUUAAGAUGUAUUGGUUCUACUCAACAUCUGAAGAAUUUAUAUGGUGCAGGCUAUACCCUCGAAAUGAAACUUUUAGGCGGUGAUUGUACACCAACGACACCGUCCGGUGAUAGGAUUACGAUUCUGAAAGAAUUUGUUUCCAGUCUUUUUCCAGAUGCAACUCUCGAAGAAAGCUUUGCCGACAGAUUAGUUUUUGCUGUUCCCCAACAUGCAGUUACCUCGCUGGCCGAGUGUUUUACGCAGUUGGAGAAAGCCAAGCUCGAGCUGGAUAUCGAAGAGUAUAGCUUCAGCCAAACCACUUUGGAGCAAGUUUUCCUUAAAUUUUCCCACUAUGACGAAUCUAACUCGGGAGAAUGAUGACUCAUACAAAUGAGUGUAUUUAUUCCCAUGUGUUGUAUAGUGAAAUACUCAUGGAACUGCUCAAGUUGUGCAAAAAGUGUAAAAAAUGUUAUUCUUAUUGGAAGAAGUGAUUUGUUCUUUAGUGUUCCCACAUACUAUUGAAAAUCACAAUGACAGAGACAAUUUCUGCAUUCUAAAAUAUCAAGAGUAUUCUAAUAAUUACAUAAAAGGACCUUAUAUUAUCUUUGGAUGUGCUGACUUUGAAGAUUACCAUAUAAACCAUAUUUUGAUCUUCAACGAUUCUGUGAAUGAAAGAAAACGUAUUUUUACGGUAUACAUCGAUCGACCUAAUUGCUAAAAAAAAGAAUUACAUAUUUUUUUUGUGCCGAUGUAUCGUAUUGUUACGUUCGUCAGAAUUAAACAGUGACUUCCUGGAGGUAAUGUCGUGAGAUAAAUGGACAUAUGUGUAAAAUUCAUUGAGCUGUAAAUAGUGGGAAACUGUGGACGAUUUAUUCGGUUGUCAGCAAAAAAACAGUACUAAUACUAUUUAAACAGUAAUAUUCAUAAUUUUGAAAUUAUAUUGUAAUAUAGUCUAUUAUUCAAUUCCUACGAAUAUUAUGAAUAGGUCUCACAAUUAAUAUUGCUGUGGAAUUGGAACGUUAUUAUCAUCAUUAUAAAUAUAAUAUUAAAUAUUGACAGGGAAGAGAACAAGGAUCCAAGGAUCAAUAUUAAAUUCUUUUUAAAUGGA